AUGUUAGUGUCAUUCAAUUGUUCAGUUCUAAGCGACACGUUUAACCUUAUUGACUCUUUCUUGGUUAACUUUAAUAAAGAAAAUGAUGAAAACAUAAUUGCCAAGCUUGGUAAUAAUCAUUACGACUUUAAAGAUUUCAAAGUUGGUCACCUCAAGGAUUAUAUCUGCGAUAGGAGAAAAGUUGCUGAUUCUGAUAGACACGCAGUGAAACUUUGGAAAGUUGACGUCAAAGAUGAAAGUGACAUUAAAGAAAAACCUAAAGAAGAUGAAAUGAAACCUAGACUAAUGUUUAAGGACUAUUUUCAAGAUGAAUUAAAUGGAGUUAAAUUUACAAUGUCUAAUAUCCAUGUCAUUGCCAUCAUCCCCAUGUCAUUCAAUUGUUCAGUUCUAAGCGACACGGUUAACCCUCUUGACUCUUUCUUGGUUAACUUUAAUAAAGAAAAUAAUGAAAACAUAAUUGCCAAGCUUGGUAAUAAUCAUUACGACUUUAAAGAUUUCAAAGUUGGUCACCUCAAGGAUUAUAUCUGCGAUAGGAGAAAAGUUGCUGAUUCUGAUAGACACGCAGUGAAACUUUGGAAAGUUGACGUCAAAGAUGAAAGUGACAUUAAAGAAAAACCUAAAGAAGAUGAAAUGAAACCUAGACUAAUGUUUAAGGACUAUUUUCAAGAUGAAUUAAAUGGAGUUAAAUUUACAAUGUCUAAUAUCCAUGUCAUUGCCAUCAUCCCCAUGUCAUUCAAUUGUUCAGUUCUAAGCGACACGGUUAACCCUCUUGACUCUUUCUUGGUUAACUUUAAUAAAGAAAAUAAUGAAAACAUAAUUGCCAAGCUUGGUAAUAAUCAUUACGACUUUAAAGAUUUCAAAGUUGGUCACCUCAAGGAUUAUAUCUGCGAUAGGAGAAAAGUUGCUGAUUCUGAUAGACACGCAGUGAAACUUUGGAAAGUUGACGUCAAAGAUGAAAGUGACAUUAAAGAAAAACCUAAAGAAGAUGAAAUGAAACCUAGACUAAUGUUUAAGGACUAUUUUCAAGAUGAAUUAAAUGGAGUUAAAUUUACAAUGUCUAAUAUCCAUGUCAUUGCCAUCAUCCCCAUGUCAUUCAAUUGUUCAGUUCUAAGCGACACGGUUAACCCUCUUGACUCUUUCUUGGUUAACUUUAAUAAAGAAAAUAAUGAAAACAUAAUUGCCAAGCUUGGUAAUAAUCAUUACGACUUUAAAGAUUUCAAAGUUGGUCACCUCAAGGAUUAUAUCUGCGAUAGGAGAAAAGUUGCUGAUUCUGAUAGACACGCAGUGAAACUUUGGAAAGUUGACGUCAAAGAUGAAAGUGACAUUAAAGAAAAACCUAAAGAAGAUGAAAUGAAACCUAGACUAAUGUUUAAGGACUAUUUUCAAGAUGAAUUAAAUGGAGUUAAAUUUACAAUGUCUAAUAUCCAUGUCAUUGCCAUCAUCCCCAGUAAGUGUCUCCCCAUGUUUUACCUCUCGAACAAGAAAUUUGCAGUAACAAAUAUCGAUUUGGUCUGA